CCUUUUUUUACGAGACAGCCAUCUUUUUCCAUCCAGAUGUUGAGCCAAUGAGAAGUCGUGCUGUUUCCAGUGAAGGAAGGAGGCGGAGGAAGGAAUGCUGCAGGAUGCUUAUUAUUAUGGCUGUCAAACCCAGUGGCGAUUAGAUAAAACUUGCUUUUUCAUGAAAUAUUUACGAGGAUGCUAUGCACCAUGUCUGCUGCAGCUGUCGCGGUAUGGCUUGGUACGGUGGUCACCAUCUUGUCGAGAUCGCAUGCAGACCGUAGGGUCUACCCAUCUGCAGGAGUUCUGUUCGUCCACGUUCUGGAGAGAGAGCAUUUCAAAGGAGAGUUUCCUCCCUACCCAAAAUCAGGUGAUGCCAGCAGCGACCCGAUCACUUUCAACACUAACCUGAUGGGCUACCCCGACAGGCCAGGCUGGCUGCGCUACAUCCAGAGGACCCAGCACAGCGACGGAGUGCUCUAUGGCUCCCCCACCGCAGAACAUGUUGGCAAGCCCUCAGUCAUAGAGAUUACUGCCUAUAACAGACGCACUUUCGAGACGGCACGGCACAACUUGGUCAUAAACAUCAUGGCCACAGAAGAGUUCCCUCUGCCCUACCAGGCAGAGUUUUACAUCAAAAACAUGAAUGUAGAGGAGAUGCUGGCCAGCGAGGUGUUGGGGGACUUUCUGGGAGCGGUGAAGAACGUAUGGCAGCCUGAGCGCCUCAACGCCAUAAACAUCACCUCGGCGCUGGACCGUGGCGGCCGUGUGCCCCUGCCCAUCAACAACCUUAAGGAAGGAGUGUAUGUGAUGGUUGGCGCUGAUGUUGCCUUCUCGUCGUGCCUGCGGGAGGUGGAAAGCCCACAUAACCAGCUGCGCUGCAGUCAGGAGAUGGAGCCGGUCAUCAGCUGUGACAAGAAGUUCAGGGCUCAGUUUCACAUUGAUUGGUGUAAAAUCUCUCUGGUUGACAUCAACAAAGUGGUCCCCGUAUACAUUACCCGUCCCGACCCGGGCACCGGGAUCCUGCCUGAAUUUGGGGAAUACAGCCCCCCUUCUGAGUCUCUGAUGGGCCGUAACUACUUUUCAGACUUCCUUAUCACACUGGCUGUUCCCUCCGCUGUGGCACUAGUUCUUUUCUUCAUCCUCGGCUACACUAUGUGCUGCCGUCGGGAAGGGGUGGAAAAAAGAAACAUGCAAACACCAGACAUCGAGCUGGUUCACCACAGCUCCAUCCAGAAGUCCACCAAGGAGCUGCGGAACAUGUCUAAGAACCGGGAAAUUUCCUGGCCCCUCUCCACCCUGCCCGUCUUCAACCCAGUCAGUGGUGAGGUGGUGCCGCCCAUCCACCCAGACAACUAUGAGACCACCAGCAUGCCCCUCAUGCAGACACAGACGAAUCUGCAAAACCAGAUUACGAUACCACAGCAGCGGCCAUCAGGAGAUAAUUAUGUCAUGUCAACAUUUCGAAGGCUGGAGGUAAAUGGUAUUCCUGAGGAGAGAAAGGUGGCUGAGGCACUGAAUUUGUGACCAGAGACAACGGGCGUUGGUGCCAACUUUGAUUUUAUAUCUAUAUCUUUGUUUUUUUUCUAACAUUUGUGCCAAUCUGCAUGCGUCAGAAGUGUCUUUACAAAGCGUUAUCAUCGAUAUGUACUUAGGCUGAAUCUCAUUUCUCUGUCUUACCCCUUCCCCUUAGUUUUGCACGUUCACGUGAGAGUAAGGGCUAUCCCAAUUUUCGUUUUGAUCGAGGGGGUAGGGCCAUGGGGAAGGGCUAGAUACCCCUUAAAACCAAGGAAAGUCGUGAGCUUACUUGAAAGCAAGGGGUACCCAGAAUACACUGCAACCGGCAACAAUGGCAGCCAGAUCGACCACCUUGAAGAGUGAGUGUGAAAGAGAUCAUAAGAGCUUAGCUGAUUAUAAAAAAAAAUACAUAUUUUGGAAUAUUUGUAACUAUGUUUGUAUUUCUACUUGCUUUGCACAAUGAACCUCUUAGAGGAAAAGGGAGUUUUACAUGGAAAUGCUUUAGUUGUCAUGUGUUAAUAAUUAAAUGUAAUGUGUCACAUGAUAAUAAAUUAUUUCAAAAUAA